AUGGUUGGCUUGAAGGCGCUCCGACUGGAGCUGCUGCACCACGCGGAGAAGGCCGCGUCGAACAAAGGGGAGGCGGCGUCGACCGUGGCCCGUGGCGUCGGAACCGCCAUCGCUCUGGGUGGGGAGGAGGAGCACGAGAGGGAGGACGUCGAGGGGGGCGGGGAGCACGACGGUGGCUCGGAAGAAGAGGAGGACGUGGAGCGUGAGGAGGACGACGUGGCUGUCACCGGCGAAGAGGAGGCAGUACAGUUCGCCGGUGAGAAGGUUGCGGAUAAAAGCGGCGGCAGCGGACCCAAUUUGGGCAAGAAGGCCCGGGGCAGCAGUGGCUCGACCCCGACUAGGAUGGCGUCAAAGGCGGCUAUCGAGCGUUUGAAGGCGGCGGAGAGGGAGAUCAAGAAGCUGAGGGAGGAGAAGCUGGUGGCGGAAAAGAGGCUGGAGUUCCAGACGGCCCGGAACGACACGAUGUACGGCGUGGUCACCUCGGCCGUGAACAAGCUCACUACAGUCGCCGAGGGCGUGACCCAUCUCGAGCAGACGUCGGGGAGGAGCAUCCAAACGGCGGUGGAUGCUAUGAGGGCGGUCGUGCAGGAGGCGGUGAGCUAUCGCGGCUCCACCCUAGAAUUCAUGAACACGCAGUGGCUGCCCACCGUGCAGGCCCUGCACUUGACGGCUACUGCUGCACAGGGUAGGCGACGGGAGGACGACCUCCUGCUGCUUCGAGGUGUGGCAGAUGCUCUUGGCCAGAAGAUCAAAACAGUCGUGUCUGCCGAGGUGAAGGCCGCCAUGGAGGGCGAGGCGCAGCGGAUCGCCGCUGCCGUGACUGCGAAGGUCGUCCAAGAGCUUAGGGACGACCUGGUGAAGGCGGUCACCUCCGCGACCCAACAGGGCAUUGGCACCGCCGGCAACCAGGCGGUCGACCAAGGAGCAGAGGCAGCAAACGUCGCGGUGGCGACUGCAGGGCCGAGUGGCUCAACGGUGGAGGCGGCUAUGUGGAGAGCGGCGGAAGAGGCCGGCGGGGUGGACGAAGAGAUCCUUGCCAGCAUCGUGAUGCCGGACCCGGAAAUUGAGGUCAUGCGGGAAAAACUACAAGCAGCAGCUCCCACCGUGGGAGCGCAACAGGGUGCACCAGCCGCCUCGACUGCUCCUGCGGAGGACCAUAGCGCGGCUGGCGCCAAAUCCCCCCCGGCCACAACCGGUGAGGUCGGCGAUGGGAAGCAGAAGCGCAAGGGCAAGGACAAGGCGAAGGGCGGCUCGGCGAAGGUCGGCUCUUCCAAGGGGACGUCCAAAGCGGCCGCGCAGGGUCGGAAGGGUUCAGGCGUCCGCGUUGACCCUUCAAAUGGGCUGGCCAUCUCGGAGAUGAAGUUUGGGAAGAAGAGCCGUUACAUCUGCCGGUCGAUGGACAAGUCCGAGGCCGCCUACUGCAUCGCUGUCGCCGUUUCGUCGUUCGACGGCUUCGUCAGCGACGUGGUUCUCGAGGAGUUCGGUGGGGUCAAGGAGGAAGUGAUGGCGCAGUAUAAGGCGGACUGGAAUGUGGCGCGAUUGAUUCCGGGGGGCAUGUGGAUGGUCAUGUGGAGCAGAGGGGCGAACGUCUUCCGCGACAGGUUCCAACAGGUGGUCGCGAAAUACAACAGGAUAACCGGAGCCGACCGCGCAGCUCUCAUGUUGGCUCUUCGCCCGGCGGUGUGGUUCGGCGACCUUCCGGAGUCGACCGAGCCCGAGAAGGCCGCGAAGAAGAAGGUGGCGAGCGACAUGAUCGCACGCGUUUCGAUGUGUGCCGCCUUCGCACCGGUGGCCGCGAAAGUGACGCCCAUUCCGGGCGUCGGGUCGGAGCGGUUGUCCGAGAUCCUCGCCGGUACUGCGGCCGCGGUGUGGUGUUUUUCGGAGACCAAUGCCACGGCGGAAGUAGCGGCCGGCGAAGGGGGGGCGGCAGCGACCAUGCGCGGAGCGUCCAACGAGUUCGCGAGUCGGUGUCGGACCGUCAUCGAGGCGGUGCUUCAGCGGGCGGCCUCCCGGGUGGUCGUCGUAGGGGAGGGAGGUCGCCGAAACGGUGACGAAGGACCUGCAGGCGGCUGUGGUGAGGUCGCUGCCUGA